AACCAGCUUACCAGUGAGUGAUCUUGUUGCCAUUGCAAAAGUUAAUUGAGCUUGCAGCUUUAGCUAGCUAGAACUAGUUUAUUAUUUGCAGUGCUAGUGUGGUGUUUUGCAAGUUAUGUAAUGGGAGUUCCCCUGGGAAUUCCCCUACACACAAUAGUACACACACAAGAUGGCUGAGGACAAACUGUGCUUUCAAUGUGACUCCCAUCCUCGCCUUCAAGGAGACUUUCUGUGCAGGUCCUGUAAACUAGACCACAAGCUGUGUUAUGAGUGUGGGGAGAAGGAAAGAAACCAUCCUUUCAAGCUCUGUACAGAGUGCUACCAAGCACAAAGAAAGGGAACAGGUAAGUGUUUGGAAGUUACGGUAUUUUACUAAUCUUCUGCGGUAGUUCAAGAGUCAAGCAUGCUCAAGCGACUAGACUCAGAGCAACAAACGCACAAAGACAUAUUGGAGCACUUCAAGAAAGAAUGGGUGAAAAUCACUCCCAAAUGUCCCACCCCUCCCGUGCCAUUGGCGAUAUAUGCUGUACAGAACAAGCAGCUGACAAAAUCAUUUCACGAGUACAGUGAUCGAAUCAAGCAAGGCGACCAGAAGGCUACAAACUCCGAUCUGGAACUAAACUAACGUGCAAUUUACUAGAGCGUGAUGAUUGUUGUCAAGACACAAACUGUGGAAUAUGUGGAAUAUCUUCCAAUGGAUUUGAUUCCCAUCGUAUUGGUAGCAAUAUUCCUCGAUUUCAGCGAUUUGGUAAAGGAAUCUACCUCGCUCCUAAUUCUUCAAAAUGUCACGACUACACUCAAGGCAAUCCGCUCCAUAAAGUACGUACUCAGUUGCUGUGUUUGGUGGCGUGUGGUGCAAAGUACGAGAUUCAUCAAGACAGCACGACUCUCACUGGUCCUCCAGAAGAAUACAAUUCAGUGCAUGGUGUUGCUGGAGGCUCUCUGAACUAUGAUGAGAUAGUGGUGUUUGAUGUAGCUGCUGUUAUGCCUCAGUUUAUUGUUGUGUAUGAGUUAGAUGGUGUGGAAAAGAUUGCAAAAUGAUUUUAGUGAUUUUAGUGAUUUUUUGAUGUAAUUACACUUGGAUAUGAUCCCUCUAAAAAGAAGGUGUGUACUAUCUUUUGGGGGAUUCCCCCAGAGGUGGUACGACAUCCGCGUGUCUUUAACACACACAUUCCGAACUUUGACCUAAGUGUGUCUAAAACGUUCCUUUGACACGUCGUACCUCCUCUGGGAUUCCCCUCGGGAUUCCCUUGAAGCCACUAUAAUUAUACGUACGUACAUGUAAUCACUUGUUCUCGAUAUUCUUAUACUCUUUCUACUAUCCAUGUUAUACUGACAGAAUAAUGAAGGACAUCCAAGGUGUUCAGCGAGGCAAAUGCAACACUUGUGAGUGUGAAGAGUACCGUACUUCACCCGCGGCCACACUGCCUGGACCGUUGCAUUUACGCAAGCCUCGUCCUCAGCAACCGGGUGCACCCGUGACGUCUGGUCAGAUGAUGUCCCAGGCCCAGGGCGCCUCCGGGUUCCAACCAAGAUAUGAUGCUCAUGAACAACCUCUUCAGCUAGUAACUUAUGGAACUUGUAAAUGUCCUGGAUGUACUUUUCCAAAACGAAGAGAAGGUGACAAGAUCCACGAUUUCUGUAGCAGGACAUGUGCUAAGAAGUUCAAUGAACUUCAAUCAUCCUUUCACCAACAGAAGGUUGCUGCCACGAAGACAGCUCAACAAGGCAGCAGCUCUCCGAGGGCUUACAGACAGCCACCAGGAUCAUUUGCUAUCUCCAGUGGGCCUUCCUCUACUGAUAAACGUGGGGCCAUGAGCUACUACCCUAAAAUGCAAGGACAAGGCCCUCCGAUGCUACCAUAUGAUAGUUUGCCUCUCUCCCAUUCUGGUGGAUCUAUGCCCCCGGGCCCUUCUACUCAGUCCAUGCCAGCGAUAGCUGGUGGCAAGAUGUGCUCCAAGUGUCGAGUGAGACAAGCUAACCCAGGGAAGGGCUGGUGUGACCAGUGCUUUAUGCAGUCACUAAUGAACUCUUAGCUAUUAGCAUGAGUGCAUUUUGGAGGACAAUGUAGAAUACAGCUCA